AUUCUGCAUUCUAUUCUGUUCUAUUUCUAUUCUAUUCUAUCCUAUCGCCUGCCCUAUCCUAUCCUAUCCUCCAAUAUCUCUUCUCAUGUUGACGUGCCACCUCUCCUUUCCAAGCCAGCGCGGGCACAGACCUUCCCCAACCCGUCGCCCACCCAGGGCUAUAUUCCCCUGCCGGCUCAGGAUGAUGGGCUCCCUGCCCGUCAACCGCAGCAACAGCAUCAGCAGCCGCGCUAGCUGGGCCUCGCUCCUUCCCCCGGAGGCGGCGCCUGCCGCGGGGGUAGAAAAGCGCCGGGCGGCGGCGGAGGGCAAAGGGGCAGCGGCGGCGGCCAUGGACCCGGAGGCGCCGCGGGAGCUGCGGGCGCUGCUGGCGCGGGCGGGCGGGCGGCAGCCGCUGCUGCUGGCGGGCGAGGCGCGGCCGGCCGAGCUGGAGACCUUCGCCCGCGACCUCUUGGCCGAGGCGCCGCCGCCGCCGGAGCCCCCGGAGAGCCCAGAAGCGCCGGGCUGGCAGCAGCGGCGGGCGCGGGUGCGCGGCGGCGGCGACGGGCUGCCUUCCUGGCGGGGCUGCGCGCUGCUCCUGGCGCUUUUCCGCGCCGCCUCGCUGGAGCCGCCGCGCUGGGCUCGGGAGAGGCGCCGCCUGCGCGAGAUCCUCCGCGACCUGCGCGCCCAGCUGCCCUCCGCGCCGCCGCCGGCCGUGGUCGGCGUGGUGCUGCUGCUGCCGCCGGCGGCGGAGGAGGCGGCCGAGGGUGUGUCGGAGGAGGAGGAGGAGGCGGCGCGGCUGCAGCUGGAGGCGCUGCUGCGGAGGGUCUUCCGCGAGGGGCGGCGGCGCUUGCAGCCCGCCGGGCUGCCGGACACGCUGCAGGCGGUCACCUACCGGCCGGGGGACGCCCAGGCGGCCCGGGAAGCCGCUUGCCGGGCGCUGCGAGCCGCCCUGAAGCUGCGGGCAGAUGGGUCUGAAUCCCCGAGGCCGAAGCUGCCUGCCGCCUUCUCGUGGUGCCUUCCGUGGGGCCGAAGGAACGAGGAUUUACACACCUGUGCAAAGUUACACGAAGAUGCCCUACAAGACUUAGAAGGAGCCAUAGCGUUAACCAACAUUGCACCGAACGGGAAAUGUGAAGAGGCUUCAGAGGGGCUGGGUGCUUAACAGCCCGUAGUUUGUUGUCUCUCUGAUGGAUUCCACGUUCUUCUUAUCCUAUCCUUCCGGAAGUAAAAAAAAAAAAAUCCAAACUUGGGACAUCCUCACAAGCUCCAUGAAGGAAGCAGCUAGAAGCUUGUCUGCUUUUUUUUAAAUGAUAGUUUAUUCCAGAGCCAUUUUUGCAGAAAAGAUGCUGGUUUGUCUCUUGUCACAUACCGUACUUUGGGAAACCAAAGAAAGGUUGCUUUCUAGUCUGAAUCACCGUCAAGAGGCACAAUUCUCUUCAUAAAAGCCACUAGACCUCUUGAGGCUCACAGUUUGAAGAAGCAUUGUGUUUCUCCAAAGGUUGCAGGGCUUUUUCUGAAGGUCACAACAGAAACAUCAGGGCAAUCCUCAUUCUUCCCGUUUAUUGAACUUGUCUCCUUCAUUCUGGAAUCCCGUCUGCAGGAUUAGAAGUCUUGGAGCUCGGAAGGAAAACAGGAACGGUUGCUGGUGUUUUGAGGGGGAAAAAAUCCACUUUAUUCUGUUCCUGAAUAUGACUUCUUGUGGUAAAGAAAUUCUACUACGUUGUUCAUGAAGAUACACAUGUGCAGUUACUCGCUCUUGUGGGUACUCUGUCCCUGGCUGUGUUUUGGAAACUUACUCAGCGCUGGCCACUUUCUCAACCCUGGCCAUUUUUGAAAUGGGUGUUUUUCAACCCUGGCUACUUUCAAAUGGCUGAACUUCCCCAAGCUGGCUGGGGAAUUCUGGGAAUUGAAGUUCAGCCAUUUGAAAGUAGCCAGGGUUUGGUUUACGGUUGAUCAAUACUGCAACAUAUAUUUUUUUCAUCAAAAUAAACACUUAGGCAUUUCACGAA